UGGCGUUGGUGCAUUAUUCUUUGUUGGUGAAUACAGGACCGAUGACAGAUGUCAGGCCACCUAUCAACAGACCGAUGAUGCACGUACCUGGUGUAAAACUGAUUUAUAAGGAACAAUCCGAGCCGUUGGACGAUCUCUCCUUGGAAUUUGAAGAAAAUAGGCCGACUUUUUUAAUCAACACUCCGAGCUGCAAGAUCCCAAUGAUCUUAGAACAGUACAACGAAACUAAGAACAUCGAUAACGCAACUUGUGGCGAGAGAAUGGUGUUCCUGAAGAGAUUUGACAGCGAUUUCAUUCAAGUGUCCAUACCAGAUAAGGCUUUCAUUAAAAUCAUAGCUAAGGACUCGGAGUUCCACUGCUGCUAUUACCAAUUCACAUCAGACAAAAACGAAACUAAGGAAACUGAUUGCCAAGAUAUCAGAGAUGGAUUCAUGAUUCGCUUGGAAUACGAUUUUGUUGGCGUCAAAUGCUUCGAGACCAUGGAUAGUGACGAGGAAAGAACUAUAUAUGAGGACGUAUACGCUUUUGUCAGGAAUACAGGGUAUUAUGGCACGUCAGCCUGCUCUAAUAAAUUCAAUGUUCUCAUUGUUGGCGUAAAUUCAAUGUCUUUAUCGAGAUUUUCACAGACCAUGCCGAGGACGGUCAACUUCUUCAAAGACAAUGAUUGGCUCGCUUUCCGUGGAUAUCACAAGCUCAGCGACACAAAUAAAAUCGCCAAUCUAAUGACCGCAUUUAUAGGUCACGAUGUUUACAUGGGAACAGAGAAGUGCGCGUUUGCGACCGAGUUAUGCCAUGAUCCCAUUUGGAAGACAUUCGAGGAUUUAGAAUACGUGACGGCAUUUGGAGAGGACUACGUCAAUCAUCCAGACAGUAUUAACAAGCAGUAUUAUUACAAGGACUCCUCCACGUACCACUACAUACAUCCACUUUUCCAAAGCAAGGAAAGGGAAGUCAACGAGAAAAAACUGGUUUGCACAGGAAAAAAACCCUCCGCCCAACAGCUGUUGGACUACGCCUACGACUUCGCUCUAGCUUAUAGACAAACACCAUUCUUCGGUUUCUUCUGGAUGAACACUUUUAGCAAAUACGUGGACAACUACCGCGAGAAUGCUGAUAAGAUGCUAGAAGACUUUUUUACUCGUCUCACCUACACCGGGAUAUUGAAAAACACUUUCGUGAUGCUCGUCAGCGACCACGGACCCCAACACAAGAAGCGGCCUCUGUCGAUUGAAGGGUUCUACGAUAAUCAGGCGCCGGCUUUCUUCAUGUAUCUGCCGGAGGAGUUUAGACGAAAAUUCCCUAGAAAGCCGAUGACCUUAAAAGUCAAUCAAUUCAGGUUGAUAACACUGUUCGAUCUCUACGACACUCUGUACGAUAUAAGCGAAAUAGCCAGGUGCAAGAAGGACGCUCGAGGUAGCGUCAAAAUCACCGAGAGUCACCAAAGUCUCCUGGACGAAGUCAGCGGUGAGCGCACCUGCGAGAAAGUCGGCAUAGACUUCGUAUGGUGCAGCUGCAAUAGAUUGUAUACGAUGGAAAAGAUGUUGCCGUCCAAUGCGCUAACGAUAAAAAGCGUCCGGUUGGUCCAGGAGCAUUUGGAGAAACGAGUACGAAGCACCAGAACAGUGAGCUGCACGAGAUGCUACCCUCUCGUCAUCAAGGACGUUGCAUCCCUUUACUACAUGAUCAAUAGGGAGAAGGGUUACGUCUACCACAUCAUGUCCUUUACUACGACGGAAGGGUUGUGGUACGACGCAAUCGUUUGUGAAAAAGAUACUCAGCUGCAAUUUGUUAGAGCUGAGAUUUUUCAAACGCCCUCGUUGGAUUUUGGAAAUUGUACCAUCGACGCGAAAGAUCGUCAAUUUUGUAUGUGCCAAAAGCGUCUGAAUUGUAAUAGAAUUAAAUGCAUAUUUUGCAAAAAAUCGGACAUGUUACCGAAGGAGCUGACAAAAGGCAAGUCGGCAAAGAUUCUAUUGUUGGUAGUGCCAUGGGUAGUCAUAACCAUGUACUACUACAACAACACUAAUAGACUGUUCGGGAACACUACAGAAGCUCCUGUGACCUACCAGCAUUUAUAUUAUAAUGACAGUGAUAAUGACUACUAUUUAAUCAACACCCCAGGGUGCCAAAUACCCAACUACAUGAAAACCAUAAGCAUCCCAGAGGCGAAAAACAAACAUAAAAACUGCGGGCAUAGAGCAGUGUUUAUCAAAAAGAUAUUUGAUGACACCAUACAAUUUCGAAUUGACGAAAAAGUACUAAAUACAUACAAACAUAAAAAUAAGUCACCACACAAAUGUUGCUAUGCAUUUGGACACCCAUAUAGAAGUAAAAAUGGGGAAAACGACUACAGGAAAGUAAGAUACACAACUUGUCAAUAUUUUAACAAUGGAACGAAAUCGUCAUUACAGGAAGAAAUAAUAACGGUCACGUGUGUCCAAACUGUCGGGAAAAAGAGUAUAAAAAUUUACGAGGACUCAUACAUGCUCGUAAAAAAGGACAAAGAAGAAGAGAAAAGAGAAACGCAUAACAAACGAUGGAAUAUUCUGAUAGUAGGAAUGGACUCUAUGUCUAGAGCUAGAAUGUACAGCAAUAUGCCGAAAACUGUACGAUAUUUUAAUGAACAGAAGUGGCUCGAUUAUAGGGGAUAUCAAAAGAUCGGCUACAACACCUUUCCAAACAUCGCGUCGCUUCUGACGGGUAUGACUGACCAGACAUUCCAAAGGACUUGCUACAUGGGGAUGGACGGGUGCAACAAGUUUCUCUUAUGGUCUGAAUUACAACAGCUGGGGUACAAAACUGCGUACGGCGAAGACUUUAUCCGCCUACCCGACACAUUCUCGAGAUACGACGGUUUCAAAAACAAGCCCACCGACCACUACAUGCGGCCGCUGUUUCUUAACGGAGAAACUACGACAGGAAAUACGGAGUGCACACACAAACUGACAUCCGUUAAGCACGUACUGAACUACGCUCUGGACUUAAGCAGCACCUAUAGAAACGGGAGCUACUUCGGAUUCUUCUGGCUCAACUCCUACAGUCACAACAGCAACAACAAUCCGAAAUUUCUAGAGGAGGACUUGAUAGAUUUCUUCAAAAGCCUAAACGGAACCGGCGCGUUGGAGGACACGUUCAUACUUUUUCUGAGCGACCACGGUAUAAGGAGCGGAGAAGUGAGAGUACAGUACCAAUCUUACUACGAUGAAAGGUUGCCGAUGCUAUUUUUAUGGGUACCCGAGCCAUUCAGACGAUUGCAUCGCGAGAAGUACGAGAAUUUGCAGACCAAUCAGUUCCGGUUGGUGACGCCUUUCGAUAUACACCUCACCAUGUGGGAAAUACACAGAAUAACGAAUGAUUCUGCGUCGUUUAAAACAUUGAAAGCCUGUCCCCUAUGCAGAAGCAUAACUAAAGUAAUAUCGCCGUAUAGAAAAUGCAUCGACGCCGGGGUGAGUGACAAAUGGUGUAGUUGCCAUCACAUGACGAAAGCCGACCAAAGUAAGGAUACCGUUAAACGUAGCGUAGCAAUGGUCGCAGAGCACUUGGGUAAUCGGUCUCAGUUAGUAAAGACUGUAAAAUGUACCAAAUGCGAAAAACUUAAGCUGAAGCAUGUGCACAGAGUUCACACGUAUGACGACAACAAUAAGACCUAUUAUGUGUUGGCUGUGAAUAUGAUAGGCGAUGUUGGCUUCGAAACUACUGUCGUCGAAGACAACGGCACCUUAACCAUACUCCAACCCACCUACACGAUUACCGCUUACAACACCAGAAGUACUUGUACGGCUACACGCAGCAACAAGGAGUAUUGUAUCUGUACGAAACUAUCGCAUUGUCACAAACCAAAUAGAUGACC